UUUUGGCCAUACUCUGACCGUCCAUUUCUAAUUAAACGAGCGGUCGAAGAUGGCGAUCCGCGUGCUCGGGCUCAUCCCGCUCACAGAUCUUGACCUAUAAAUACACCGGCGCGAGUGCUGAAGAUGGACUGCCUUCAGUUAAUUGACGUGCGGAUCGUCUUCGUCGAAACUUUAAACCUUGAUUCCUGCUAAUGGGCGGAAGGGGGAAGGAGGCACCGAAGAAGGUUACUUCAAGGAGCAGUAAGGCAGGCCUUCAGUUUCCUGUCGGCAGGAUUGCUCGUUUCCUCAAGGUCGGUAAGUAUGCCGAACGUGUUGGUGCUGGUGCGCCGGUUUACAUGGCCGCUGUCUUGGAGUAUCUUGCUGCCGAGGUUCUAGAGCUUGCUGGUAAUGCUGCUAGGGACAAUAAGAAGACUAGGAUAGUUCCAAGACACAUCCAGCUUGCUGUCAGGAAUGAUGAAGAACUCUCAAAACUUCUUGGCACUGUGACCAUUGCUAAUGGUGGUGUGAUGCCUAAUAUUCACAAUCUUCUCCUCCCUAAGAAGACUGGUGUAGGAUCUAAGAAACUCGGUGCUGAGGAUGACCACUAGGUUUUACAUUUACUAGUUUUUUGAUCUUUCUAUUUUGAAAUAUAGUGCUUUGUAUAUCAGUAAACUUCUGAUGAUUUCAUCUACUUGGAAUGCUUAUCUUCUGAUGAUUUCAUCUACUUGGAAUGCUUCUUUUCUAUCGUGCAAGUGUUAUUGAAAUUGAUGGCUUUUUUG